CAGGCUACACUGUCAGUGUGGCGAGAGUCGCCAGUCACUCAGCCAGUGCUGCAAGAGUCAGUUACGCCAGUGUAGUGUCAACGUUGGUGCUGAGAAUGUGUCGUACAAUGAUUGGAUCGUUCAUUUUAUAAUCCACACUUGUGCUCAAAUAAUGGUGUGUUUUUUUGCCAUAGGGGCCUCCGAUUAAACAAUAACAGUAAACAAUAAUGUAUAUUAGAAAAUAGAUCCUCAUCAGACACAAAGGAGAGACCCACUGACAGACCAACAUGGCGAACCGAGACCGUAGAAGCAAAAGUAUGUCAGUGAGUGAUGAUGAAUUCUACGAUAGUGUUGACUACAUAAAAGACAAACGUGAGAAUGAAAACUGUGUCUCAGAUCAAAGUGCUACUCAGGAUGGCUUCAGUGAAACUGUUGACAAGAGGAUCUCGGGAGAAGACUCCCCGGCCAUGACUUCAUCACCUGAGAAGAGAACAAAACUCAGAGAUACCAUAAACAGUUCACUCUCAGAAGAAAGUGACUCUAUGUCAGAAAACACAGCCACUACUGACAAGAAGAUCAUCAAGAAACAAUCAGUUCUCAAAUGGACGAUGAUGGCUCGGGAGGUGAUCCAGGCAGGAGUGAGCGAUGAUGACUCCCCCUUCAGGAGGUCUUCUAGCAGCUCCAGCAUCUCCAGCACUGAGAGGAGAAUCUCAGGCUCCACCAUGUUGGAGGACAUCGCUCAGGGUAACUUAGACAACUGGGACCCAGAGACCUGUGUGACACUGCUGCGUAUCCCAAGUGUCUCAAACUAUUCAGGACUUAAGAGACUCAUGGAAGUUGCAAGUAAAGAGUGGCUAGAAGACUUCUUGCAUCUGGAUGGUUUAGGAGUUUUGUUUGAAUCCUUGGAGCGAUUAAGUGAUCGAGGCUUCAGCUCUAUUGCAGAUGCCUUACUUCAGCUUGAGUGUGUACUGUGUAUUAAAGCAGUGAUGAACUCCAAGACAGGCUUGGAAUACAUUAUCAAUAAUGACAGCUAUACACGGAAACUUGCCAAAUCCCUGGAUUCACGGAAUAUGCUGGUUAAGAAACAGGUAUUCGAGUUACUGUCAGCCUUGUGUGUGUAUUCUGAGCAGGGCCAUGCUCUUGCUCUCGACUCUCUUAAUAAUUACAAGGUGUUCAAGAAUCAGAGGUACCGGUUCAUGUUAGUGGUGGAGGAAAUUUGCAAUGCAGAGGUUGUGGAUUACCAAACAACACUGGUAGCCUUUAUUAACUGUCUAGUGCUUGGCAUCAGUCAUCUACAGACACGGGUUGCCCUCAGGAAUGAAUUUGUUGGGUUGGACUUCAUGAAGGUACUGAACAAAUUACAAAAGGUAGAAGAUGACCACUUGUCUCUUCAGUUGUCAGUUUUUGAGGAUAGCUAUGAAGAGGACCAAGAGCAGUUAUAUGGAGUUGAGGGACAACACAACAUCAACCAUUAUGAUGCCUUUAAUGCACUCUUCACUAAGGUUCGUGAAACACCCCACUCCCUCCAACUUUUGGCACUGAUCCACAACCUCACCCAACUUGACCCAGACAAAGAGGAAAGUGAUGAUGUAUGGGCAGCACUAGAUCGUGUGGGUAUCCGUGUAGUGGAGGGCACCUUUACUACUACAUGGGCAGAGACUGUUGCACCAUCACAAAACUUUUCUCGCAAUGUAGCUACCCAAACUAUAUCAAGACGUGGCUCACGUGUACCAGUGCCUGCAGUAGGAGUUAACCACACUCUGCUUCCUCAUGAGUUACCUGAAGGCCAGCCAUCUAAGAAUAUAGACAGAAUUGCUGGUGAUAUCCAUGGGGAGAAUGAUUGUACUAUAUAUUCCACAUCCAAUGAGAGCGAACAUACCAGCAAACCAGGGCCCCUUCCACCACCUCCACCACCACCUCCUCCACCUCCUCCUCCUCUCAACCAUGCAUUACCACCACCACCACCUCUUCCAGGAUAUGGAGGUCCUCCACCUCCUCCACCCCCACCACCACUGCCUUCUCUUGGAUGGGGGGUCCCACCACCCCCUCCAUUUCCUUUAGGUUUUAGAGGGCCUCCUCCUCCUCCUCCUCCUCCUGGAUGUGGAGGGCUUCCACCACCACCACCACCUCCUCCUCCUCCAGGAUAUGGAGGGCCUCCACCUCCUCCUCCUCCUCCAGGAUGUGGAGGGCCUCCACCCCCUCCUCCUCCUCCAGGAUGUGGAGGGCCUCCACCACCUCCACCUCCUCCAGGAUGUGGGGGGCCUCCACCACCUCCACCUCCUCCAGGCUGUGGAGGACCUCCUCCUCCUCCACCUCCUCUUGGUAGUAGAUUUCAUAAUCCACUUAAUCCUUCCAUGUCAUUCCCCACAUAUUCAACUACCCAGAAUACUCCAUCAUUCUACAGUACACUUCCACGACCCCGCUCAAAAAUGAAGCAUCUGAAUUGGAGUAAAGUAAGCAAUAAUACCAUCAACAAUUCUCUGUGGCAACAUGUACAUAAAGAUCUGGUUGAAUCCCCUCCAACAUCUUUAAAUUAUCUUCAGAUUGAAGAACUGUUUUGCCAAGUAACUAAAGCUCCAGCAGCAAAGGCUACCAAGAAACAGUCAACAGAGGUGACUUUACUGGAUUCAAAGAAAUCUCUUAAUGUUAAUAUUUUCAUGAAACAAUUCAAGGCAUCUCAUGCGGAGGUUGUUGCCCUCAUCCAUGACUGCAAAAGUUCACAAAUUGGCUCUGAGAGGCUUAGGGGUUUCCUGAGAAUACUUCCAGAAGAUGGAGAGGUGACAAUGAUCAAGGAGUACCUCGGGGAUAUAGAAAAGCUUGGUAAUGCAGAGAAAUUCUACUAUGAGCUGGUUAAAGUCCCCAAAUUCCAGCUCCGUCUUGAGGGUAUGAUCCAGAUGGAGGAUCUGCAUCCAGCAGCAGACAGUCUGAGGCCGCAAAUCAAGAUGCUCUUGACUGCUUGUGAUAAAAUUCUGAAUAGUGAAAGUAUUCAAGAUUUCUUUGCAUAUAUCCUUACUGUUGGAAAUUUCAUCAACACGGGGAGCUAUGCAGGUAAUGCUCUUGGAUUUCGACUUAACACCAUAUCUAAGUUGUGGGAAACACGAGCCAACAAACCAGGAAUGACUUUACUGCACUACUUGGUUCAGACAGUUCAAGAUGACAACUUAGACAUAUUAAACUUUCUUGAUGAACUUGGUGAUUUAAGCAAGACAGCUAGACUGUCUGUUGAAGGGCUAACUGGUGAGGUGACUACACUGCGAGGAGACCUCAAUAUGUUGUCCAAGAAACUUGAGAAUGCCCCAGAUGAUGUGAAGAAACAUUUCAAGGAUUUCACAUUGAAGGCCGACUCUAUAGUGCAGGACUUGGAGCAAAGCCUAAAGGAAUUGGAACGAUCAAGAGUCAAAUUGUCUCAAUACUUCUGUGAGGAUGAAUCCAAAUUUCGCCUGGAGGACUGUAUUGGUGUCUUUCAUACUCUCUGUACUAAGGUUACUGAUGGCAGGAAGGAUAAUGAAACUAGACGAAAACGCGAGGAGCGUAAAAAACGUAUGGAGGAAGAAAAACAGAGACAAGAGGAGGAGCGAGCUAAAGCAGAGGCAGCAGGGAUCCCUGUUAGGAAAAAAGGAGCUUCCCUACCUCCCCCUGAGGACAGUGGAACUUGUGUUGUGGAUCGCUUGUUAGCUGAUAUUCGCAAAGGAGAUUUUAAGCUUCGUAAGAAAUCUGCACCCACUACUCCAGCUGUUACUAGUUGAAAGGCUCUGUAUCCCACACUGAAUUUGCAUAAAUAGCUUCAGAUUUAACAAAUUACCACAAGUUUUGAAAAAUUGUAAGACAAUUUUUUGGCAAAAAAAUGGAUAAUUAUAGGGGCAGAAAUUCAGUAUUAAUGACUUACUGUAAAGGAAGUCAAUAAUUUAAUCAACAAAAGUGAAUCACUAUACUGUACUGUAAUACUGUAUAAGAGGUCUGAUCGAAAAGGAUCUGACCCUUAGCAGGUGAAAAAAAAACAAGCUUACUUACUGAGUUCAGACCUUAAUCCCCUUCAAAGUAGGCCCCUUGGGACUCAACACACUUAGCCCAGCGGUCCUUCCAUUGCUGGAAACAUUUUGUAAGUCAGUUUUUGGGAUCGCCAACAUGAUCUUCAUUGCAUUUUUCUUUAUCUCAUUUGUGUCCUCAAAUCUCGAACCCUUCAGCGGCAUCUUAAUUUUAGAAAACGGCCAAAAGUUGCAGGGAGCUAUGUCAGGAGAGUAGGGAGCCUGCCGGACCUGUGUGAUCCUGUGUUUGGCUCAAAAAUCCUGGACAUGAUGGGAUGAGUGAGAGGGCUGGAGCAUUGUCGUGGUGGAGCUGCCAGUCCUCCGCCUCCCAUAACUCUCAUCUCCUGCGACGCACUGCAUCCCAUAGGUGAUGGAGAACUCCCCGGUAGUACUCUUUAUUGAUUGUUUGGCCUUCUGGAGCAUAUUCGUAAUAAACAACACCCUGGUAGUCGAAAAAAAAAAA